AUGGCCAACAAGCAGGGGAAGAUGCAAAACCUGAUCAACUACCGUAUGCGUGUAACAAUGAACGACGGGCGUCAAAUGACUGGCCAAAUGCUUGCAUUCGACAAACACAUGAACCUCGUCCUUGCCGACACUGAAGAGUUCCGCAAAGUCAAACGCAAACAGGCGAAACCCUCCGCACCUGCGGCACCAGGCUCUGCAGCUGCCACCGUCGAGAGCGAAGAGAAACGAACCUUGGGCCUUGUGAUCCUGAGAGGAACAAAUAUCGUGAGCUGCUGGGACAAUCUGCUCCCGGGGGGGCACCGACAACUCUUCAGGCUGGGACAGGUAUAUCCAGACCGGCUGGCAGAGGUCUUCCGGUUGGAUUGGGUGGUCCCGUGGCAGGGGUGGGGAUGGGUGGUCCGCCACCUCCGGGAGCAGUGCCACCUGGAGGCUUUGGUUUUCCGCCCCAAGCACCAGCGGGAUUUCCAGGCGGAGCGCCACCACCUGGGUUCGCUGGAGCUGGAAGAGGUGGACUACCUGGGCCACCCGGAGGACCACCCCAUGGGUUUGGGGGCCCUCCUCCUGGGUUCGGAGGUCCACCAGGAGGUCCGCCAGCAGGCAUGCCUCCCGGAUUUCAAGGUGGCCCCCCAGGCUCAGGAAGAGGAUUUCCACCUCCAGGAUUUGGAGGGAGGUAACUGCGGGUAUGUAACUCACAGCAGGAAACAGUCAAUGACAGACCUACGCCGAUACAUGGUCGAAAACCCAAAGGAAAAGUUGGACCGCUGUGUCGUUUCAAAGAACAUCGGCGGGACAUAUGAACGGCGGUUAUCACUGCACCUACAUGGAAACAGACCACGAUAA